ACCAAUUUAAGGAUUAAAAUGUAGACAAUAUGACAGAUAUUUAGAUUUACAUACUAGUAGUAGAAAACGUUGAAAAUGCACGACACACUAACAAAUGGACUUGUGAAAUGUUGAGAAAUUUGAUGGUUUUAAAUUGGUGAAAAUUACAAAAAUACACCGUCUUUACAAGAUGGCAAAGUUAUAUACAUAUGAUGAGAGAGUGAUUUCCUUCUACAAUAUGGAUGAACAUAUGAAGAAGAUAACAAGUCACAACAUGUCCUCCGUGGCGUCAUUGCUGGACUAUAUUGAGGAAGUUAUCCCAAAGAACGAUGAAAAUAAAGAAAUCUAUAUUGCUCGGGGAAUAAUUGUUUGGAUUGCAAAUGUUGACGAAGUUGAUCUGAGAGUAAACAGCGACUUACAGAAUCUACUUGAUAAGUCGCGUGUUCUCAUCUUCCACGAACUUUGUCGGAAAGCAGGCAUUGAAUGUGAAAUCAUUAAAGGUGCGGCAAAGGCUGCGCAGUAUAUUCCCGGAGUAUCAACGAUGGAUACCCUUCCACACAUGAGUUGGGCUACAUUUCGUUGCAACAAUAUGUACCAUUUGGUAAAUCCACAGUGGGCAACCUCUUCCCUGGUUGGCUUCGAAAGAGAAGGGGAAACAGUGUUGGAAAAUGAUGGACAACUGGUUCAAGAGUUUGAAGAAAGCGCAGGGUGCACAGGAGUAAAUAUAACGUUAUUUGACGAGUUUUGGUUUUGCACCCACCCGCGUAUUUACGUCUUACACGCCUUUCCGGAUAAUUCAAAGUGGCAGCUGCUUCCCGCUGACAAAAUUCUUUCUCCAAAAGAUUUCGAGUUGGCUCUCACACCUGAUCCGCAGCUUUUCAUACUUGGAUUGGAGGUGGUCUCUGGAAAAAAAUGUAUAUACGAAUCUACCAAUGGUCGUUGCUGGAUCGAUAUAAUGGGUGAUCCCUCAACACUGAAAGAAGUUAACUUCAAACAUCAGUUAUCCUUUGUUAGUGGCACAGGUGACCUCACUGGGGUCAACCCAGCAGAUCUGCCUCAGCUUGUGAUGAAAACACAGACGCCAGACACCGUCUCGCUCGAAGUGCGCCUCCCUGUCACUGGCGAAUAUAUGCUGAAGAUUUUUGCAAGAUUGAUAAAUGACGCCGAGUUGAAGAACUGUUUCGAGAUUAGGAUCAGGUGCAAUGAAGCCGAUCCCGCUUGCCGGAAACUUCCAAUUGAUGCAGGUGACAUGGGAUUUGGAUUCAGUACUACUGCAAGUGAAUGCGGCCUAAGUCAUCCGUCACAAAACUACGCAACUCUCAAAUGCGAGUAUUCCGAUAGUUUGGAAAAGAAAGAAACACUGAAGUUUAAAGUCGACCCUGACAGGAUAGAUGAAGUGGAAUUUUCUUCAGAAAUAGUUGGAAGUGAUGAAGUCGACGUCGGAGUGACUACAACGCACGUGGAUCAGAAGGGGAAUUUGGAAAUAGUAACAGCACUUAAGAAAGAAGGGGAGUUUGCAUUAGUUGUGAAAGCAAGAGAAGCCAACACUCCUUUUAAACCGAUAAUGAAUUACCUUGUUAGCACUUUUGAAAACGAUGAAGAAACGCAUGGACUGAUGGUUGCUGGACGAAAACGUGAACUUGCGACAGAAAAGAAAACCGAAGAAAAACACACACUUGUAAAUCAAAUAAAGGCAAAUUUAAACAACAUUCAGAAGGAAAUAGAACAGUUACUUGCUCAAGCUGAACAGAUGUCAUAGCCAACGCUGUGCCCACCAACAACACUAACGAACAAUUAAUAUGGAUAUUUCUGAGAUUUUUGUUUGGUUUUGUGUGAUUUAUUGAAUGUUUGUAUAUUCCGAAAUUAACUUUUGUUAAAUUCAACUAAAGAACAAUAUCCGGUUAAGUUUGUAUUGUACUUUCAUAAAACCAUCGUGCCGAUAGAUUUGUUUGACAUUUGAGUCUUAAUUGUUUUAUUUUAUUUUUUUUCAUUUUAGUACUACUUCAUUUAUAACAAAAAAUACGUACAUUUUGCGGUGUUUUAAUAUGUGUAAUAUGCUGUAGAUACAUUAGUUGCUUUGUUGUCCUUAGGCAAAUGUUGAAAAUUAGCAUUAAAUGGCCUGUUUUGUUUUCAAACAUUUUGUGUCUCUUCAGUUUAGUUUUAACAUAUGUAUUCUGUUCAUUAAGAUAAAAGGAUAAUGCACAUGUAGAGAGGCCAAUAGUUAUUUAAAGCAUAUUACUUAAACACCUGUCAUUAUAUGUAUUCCAGAUCAGAAAUACACACUGUUUUGUGUAGAGAAAUGGUGAAUGUCUUGGCAAGCGAAGGGCCAUACCAAGAGCCUUGCCACUGUUUUGAUUGUUUUUUUUUUACAAAUUUUAUAAUUCCUGGAUUCGCCACUGAACUGCUUUUAAUAUUGGUUCAAAUGCUGACAUAAAUACAUGUACCUUUAUUCUUCAAUUUCUUCGACCGCAAAGCAUUUUGUAUUUUCUUUUGGAAGGCAUUAUCAUUUCCCGGCUAAUUUUUAGAAAAUGCAUUAUUCCAGAUUUUAAUGAUUGUUUAUUUUGUUGUUUUUCUGAUCAAUUUUAAGCAGAUUCUAUGAACUUACUGCAUAUUUUAGCAAGUGCAUUUUGUA